AGUUUCAAAAUGGCGGAAAAUGAAGAUCCGCACGUUUUGGACAUGUCCAAUCGAGGACUCAAAAAACUCGAAAAAAGGGAUGGCGUCGGUAUUGAGAAGUUGUUUCUGGACCACAACGAGCUUUCCAAGUUGGAUAACAUUGACUGCUUCCUUGACGUCCAAAAACUCUCUGCCAGCCACAACCAGAUCACAAGGAUGUACUCGUUGGCCAGGUUAUCGCAACUCUCAAGCAUUGAUCUGUCAAACAAUCUCAUUACCUGCAUUGAAGCGCUCAAGGAUCUUAAGUACCUGGUCUCCGUAAACCUGUCGAAUAACAGGAUAAAGAGUCUGCAAAGCAUCCAGUACUCCACUACCCUUGUGUACCUGGACCUAUCCGGGAAUCUGAUACCUUCACUGAUCGACCUCACAUCGCUGACUCGGUUAAAAACACUUCUUUUGAAGAGAAAUGAGAUUACGACUCUACAAAAAGCACAAGCAUACCUUCCGAGCGGGCUCUGCGUUUUCUCAGUUGCGGAGAACAAGAUUACCGACCUUACAGAGGUGUCCUUCCUUUCGCAUCUCUCAUCUUUGGAGAGCUUCUCUAUUGGUGGGAACCCCUGCGUCAACAUGACUGGAGGCAUUGUUGGUUUUGACUACAGACCCUACGUCAUCAACUGGUGUCUCGGUCUCAGAGUCCUGGACGACUUUGUUGUCACACAGAGAGAAAGCCUAAAGGCCGAGUGGUUGUACAGCCAGGGGAAAGGGCGCUGUUUCCAUCUGGGUGACCACCUGGUGCUUGUUGAGUACCUGUCACAAGUGUGCCCACUCACUGGUGCUGACCAGAUGGAGUCUGAGGACGAGGAGCGCAUCUCCCGCAUCCUUCGGAUGCAACGCCAGCACCGGGAGCAGCUGCUGCACGAGAUGUCGCCCGCGGCUGCGGCGGCUAGCGCCGCCGCGGCCGCCGCUGCAGGACCUGUGCAAGACAACUCGAGGCACCACCACCAUCACCAGCAGCAGCACACGCCGUCUGGGAACCGCCGGCCCAAGAGCGCCGUCGGAAGACUGCCGUCGUCAAGACAGGCAUGCCUUGCCAAGGACAAAUGGUCUGACUUCUCCACGAGCGAGGACGAGCGUGGCUCUUCGGUGUUCGACCCGUUUCCGGACCUGCUGGCGCACUCGGACGAGGGGCCAUCGAGGUCGCAGACUCAGUGCCAGCUGGGCGACGCCUCCGAGAUGCUGGGCGCCGAACUGACCCGGUCUGUCAUGGACCCCCAUAGCCCCGUCACCAUCGAGAGAGUCUCCUCCGACGCCGUUGGAAACGAGAGGAGCAGACAAAGGCGUUCCCGCAAGGAUGACAUCAUGACGCGAUCCGUUCCGGAAUUUCGUUCCGACGGAUCGCCAAUUUUGCACAACUACGGAAAGUCCUCUUACGGCAGGACAUCUCCUCGGGCCAUCCCCGUCCGCAAGGUGUCUUCCAAGAGGACGGAGCCUCCCUCGUUCGCUGCCAGUGGCGGCAUACCGUCCACGCGCAGCUUCGAAGGCUGCGCCGGGGGCACCACACCGACGGCGCCGGCGUCGUCAAGCCGGCUGCACCAGCGCAGCCCCUCCGACGGGGGCCUGAGCCGGAGCGCCAGCUUCCGCACGCCUGCGGGCCGCUCGCCCUACGCCACGGUCGCCACCGCGUCGCCGCGAAAGACUCAGCGAUCGUCGUCCGUCUCAGCUGCCUGCCCGCUAGCCUCCACAUCCUACUCCUCCGCAGCCUCCCCGCACAAGGCUCCGACCAGGACAUCUCCGAAGUACUGCAAUGGGCCUGCCUAUAUGCCAACCACUCAAGGCAACCUGAACGUCGUCAACAACAAUAACAACAACAACAACAUAGACGUGUUGUCCCUGGUGGAGAGCGACCCCCUGCUGAAGCAGCGCAGCCAGGCUGUGGGCCUCGAGGUGCUCGACCGGGCGGCCGUGCGAAUCCAGGCUCUUUGGCGAGGGUAUCGCACCCGCAACCACAUGAGCCGUGUGCGGAAUGCCUGUCAGGAGGUGCGGUUGCGUCGGCUCGAGGAGUGCGUGCUGGAUGUCCAGACCAAGAUGGCGGCCACUGAAAAGGCGUUGCUCAGGCAGCAGAAAGAAAUAGAAGAAGAGAGGAAAUGCCGGAAUGCAAACAAGGAGGCUCUGGACAGGCUGCUCAAGCAUAUGGAACAGCUAGAAACACACAUCGCGAAAGUGUUCCAGCAACAUCUGCUGCUCCAGCAGCAGCUGGCACAGCAUUAUGGCAACGUUUUCAAGCCCAUCCACAACGAGCCACAUUCGGAGUCGUCGUCAUCCGAGGCGACCGUUGGCAACAGCGCAUCCACUACGUCAUCCGCUACGAGCCACUCACCCGCGAAAGAUGCCGCACCAAAGGACCCCGAGAAGGAUGCCGGAAAGCUUACUGGCCAAGGAGACGCGUCUGGGUGUGCGGAACAGCCAAAGCCGGAGAGGAAGCCGGAGUCUAGCCACCAUUCGAGCCACGAGCAAGUGUCGGGGGACGCUACGAGCGCGGAUGACACGUCUUGUGCCAGCUUCUCGGAGGCCGAAGUGCGUUCGAGCAAGACUGAAGCGGAAUCGGACCCUAAACGACAAACACCGGCAAACUUGGAGGCUGCCUGUCUGACUGAAGUUAAUGACAGGCUGGCAAGGUUGGAAGCAGUCAUAAUGAAGUUGGCCAUCCCAGACAGCAGCCUGGAGCACUUGGGCGCCACAUUUGCCAAGCCAUGAAGAAGGCAGCGCAUUCGGAGGUUACUUUGCUGCUAGCACUGUUCUACGACACUUGCACAGCUGCGCUUUCUUUUACCGCUCGAGUUUUGAGAUUUUUGCAUUGGAAGGCCGAAGAAGGAAAAAAAAAAAAGGAAGAAUUCUUAUGUUUUCUACUCAAGCCACUGCAUCAAAUAUUUAUUUUCACUGUAAUUACUGUACACAAAUGAAUUUUACCUCACUGUAUCAUACAAGGCUUUGUAACUUGGUGCUUUGGCAUUUUUUCAUACGGUCGUUCACUGCACGAGGAAAGUUGGCGUAAUUUGGCAGUGCUCGACAGGACACGCCCUCGAGGCUUUCUUGAUCGGCGUCAUCUGUGCUACCGUGCAACGGUGCGAAAAGAAAAAUGAAUUUAACGUUUCUGUGUUCUGUGCUGUUAGAUUUUAAAUUACGGUAAAACCUCGUUACAAUGCAGUCAACUCUAACACGAAAAUACCUGUUAAGUUUUAUACUUUUUGUAAGCAUGUAUUCAUUAAGUGCUAAUGUCGACAAUAAACAUUGUAUAAUUUAUGUCCAAUAUAACUUAUUUUAUGUCCCAAAUCGCCUGGCUAUGAGUUAUCCAUUAUAUCGGUGUUCAUUACAUUGAGGUUUGACCAUAGCAUUUUCCUUACAUAAUUAAAAGUUUGCAUUUGUUGAACCAAUUUUUCUUAUUUUUGGAGCUGCUGGUAUUCUGCAGUUAACAAAGUGGAGCUAGCAUUUGCACUGCCAGACCGACUAACCACGUGUGGAUUUCGGCACUCCAUGUUUUUGCAAAGUUCACUGCAUUAUCAUCCGGUAGCAUUUGUCACAUGCGUUUGCAAUUCGGGAGAUGUUGUGCAGGGAAGGUUCUGUUUUCAACUUUUCUUUUUCUUGGUUCUGUUGAGGCAUUGGCCAUUUCUAAUUUUAUCUGCCAUUUUAUGCAGCUUGUUCAUUUUUGCUCAGAGUUGUGUGUGUCUUGCUGUAGUUGUACUGUCUGUGUUGUUAACGCCAGCCGGUAAGCAGUGUUCAGUACAUCUUUUGGUUGUUUUUCAUGUUCUUGGGUAUCUUCACCUUGUCAUUGGUGCAUGAGUUACAGAUCGGAUGAUUUUGAAAAAUUAAGAUAGGUAGUGAUGUACAUGCUCUAAAGUUUAUUCACAAGAGAUAAACUGUUCGUGGAUAAUGAAUAGCGAGGCAUCUUCAUCUGUUUUUUUGUACACACAAACCUUGCUGCAAAGCAGUUACAGUGGAGCCCCAAGUUAUACAUCCAGGCAGUUACUGCUGUCUGCUGCCAUGAGCAUUUUUAGAGAUAUGCAGUACAGAAAUUAACAGGGGUCAUUAUGCGAGAUUGUGAUGUAAUAAAAUGAGAAAUUUGUUUCAUGCGGUAAGUGUUACUGUUUCAAAUGUUUUUUUCUCGGUGCCUCUUAUCUCGGGGUACAAAGUGCUCUGGCCCUAGCUCAACUCGCAUCGCGUUGGCCUCUCGUCACUGCACAUGUGUGCUUUGAGGUUGAACCCCAAAGUUGAUGCAUUUUGGUUCUACUGAAGACUGUGCAAGUCUACAUGCGUCAAGGCAUUCGUACAAGAUAUCUGCUUAUUUCGAUGCUGAAUGUACCAGUUUUGAGAGACUUUCAGCACUGCAUGGUCUUGUUCUAUACUUAUGUAGUACAAGCAAGAGCUUUCUCCUAUAUUCUGAUGUUGACGAGUCAAAGGAAAGCAUUUUUUAAGCUGCUUUGUGCACACAUUGAACAAUAUUUAAGUUCGCACACUGACUACACAUUAAACAUUUUUCAAUCCGCCACAGUGGUCUAGUGGUUAUGGUGCUCGAUUGCUGAACCAAAGGUUUUGUGAUCAAAUCCCGGCCAUGGCAGCCGCAUUUCUAUGGAGGUGAAAUGCUAGAGGCCCAUGUACCUAGAUUUAGGUGCACGUUAAAGAACACCAGAUGGCCAAAACUCCAGAGCCCUCCACUACGGUGCCCCUGAUAAUCAUAUCGUGGUUUUAUGACGUAAAACCCCAGCAAUUAUUAUUUAACAUUUUUCCAUCGCAAAGCCACGAACCAGCCCUUAUUGCUCCCAUUUUCAAUUAGCGCUUCUCUUUUUCACCUGUUUCCUCCUACACAUGACCAGAACUUCAUCAUUGAUCUUGCAAAUUCUUGACGGUCAGUAUAACUGGAGCUCCACUGUACAGCUUGUGUCCACAGCGCAAUGAGAAACUAUGCUCAUACCUUCGCAGUUCUUCGACAAGGCAAAAUAUCUCGAACGAAGGGAAAUUUCAUUCGGGAUCAGUCCUUCAUGUGUUUUGACCUCUUUUGUAUUCCAUUCGAGCACAAGUCCAGUCAGACUGGAGCAUGGAGCAAAAUCCACAAAUUCGUUCAUAACUACAAGUGUCAAAUUGCUGCUGUACAGCAUGCUAGUUGUUUCAUAAUAUUUGGAGAUAAUGAGUGCUUGAUGUCAUUGCAUCCAAAAGUGCUGGGACCAGUGGCCAUGUAGUAGUGAUUCUGGCAUAGAAGGCUUGUGCACAGCAAGAAUACGAGAAGAGCUCAAAGAUAUUUAAUAUACAGCACCAGUUUGUGCAUACAAUACACUCGCAAUGCAAGAGCGGCUGUUUUUGUCUAUCUGCCAACAUUGUUUAUGCAUCGAAAUGCAGUGUGUAUGAAAGUAAUAUAUACAGAUGUGCAUAUUGUUGCUUGAAGUAUCUGCAACAUGCUGCAAAUACUUUGGAUACAUACACUGCAAGGGCAAGCAUGUUUAACAGGCUUGAAGCUGUUCCACUCAGACAUACUGUAUCUGGCUGGCCUGCACUGUUGCAAAGACGUGCACAACAUAAUUUUAGUCUGAUUCAAUGUCCUUUGAAGUCGGCUCAACCAAUCUUGAAUGCAGCAGAAGGCGGAUGAGAUGUGUUUUUUUCUGUCGAACGCGAGAAGACUGCGUAGUAGAGAAGGACUAACCAAGUGUUAGCUUUAUCAUUGGCACACUGUAGCAGACAUCUAGCAUAAGGGAUGACAGUUACAAUGAGAGCAGUACUUGCAUUACCUUGUGUUCAAAGGCAUUUAACGUGCAAGCAACUUUAUAACACGGUCGAGUGUCCAAUGUGCUAUGAUAAUAGAGUUCCAUUCCUGUGUCUUAACUUUGUGCCUGCCAGUUAUGACACGAGGAACAGCUCACAGGGGCUUCAUCAAAGACGAAGCCUGCGAAGGCCACUGCUAGAGGGGAUGACCAAGUAGUUAUAGUAUCUGCACUGUGUAGCCAUGUGCGUGUUUAUUCUUGCUUUACUGUUCAUUGUAGUUAGCAGGCAUUCCAUCCAGUAGACAUGUUGUGGCCAGUUAGAACAUAGCAUGCUAAUGUGGUUGACCUGAGUGCAGAGAUGCUGCGACCACUGUAAAACCUUGUAAUGAAAAGGGAAUGUAGCGAAGUAAUAACGAAUGUAAUGAAUGUAGAUCCUAUUGAAAGCUCUGUGGUUGCAAACAUGUAAAGCUACGUAGAGAAGUAACAGUUGUAACAAGAGCAAAUGCAUACCUCCUCCAAUAUCAUUACGGAAAGGUUUUACUGUAGUUUGUUAUUGCUUUUGUCUGUACUACCUAGCAACACUCCUCCCUCUUCACCAAGCAGAUGUAAAAGCAGUUUUCACAUUAAUUUGUAGUAUGUAUGAAGGGUGCCAAUAUGCGUGUGCUUUUGCGUAAAUGUCUUGUGCUGAUUUGUAGUGUGUUGCUGCAGUUGAAAGGUAUAUUUUGCAGAGCAUUCUAGUCAGAAACUCCCUUGCAAUGCUCUUCCAGGUGUUGUGGCCAAGACCCAGGUUUAAUCGAAUUGGUCAUUCAAAUUGUUCCAGCACUGAUGCUUGAGCAAACGAAUAAUGAAUCCUGUAGCACUUCUGGUGCGCAGCUCCCCAAUGUGAACAAAACAUUUUAAGCUUAACAUCCUGCAAAUUAAUCUUUCACAAUUAUAAAGCAUGACAUAAAGAGAUGUGUUGGCUUUACAAUAGCCCAGAAGCUGUAAAUGCACUGAUUUGUUUUAACACCUAGCCAUGAUAAAUACAUGUUUACUUCACAGUGGUGUGCGACUUCUGCUUUCGGCCAUUCCAAUGACAAUUUCCUUUAGCAUGUGUUACUGUGUCAACUGCACUAUAAUCUUGGCUGAUCACUUUCAGGGAUACUUUCUUUUGUGUGUGAUGCAACAUUAAGCAUCGCAUCUCAUUGGAGUGAGGGGGAUCUCAUAUGUUGGCUUAUCCAAUGAAACUGUACUGAAAGUGAUGCCUCUGAAGCUGGAUUGCUAUCAAUAUAAGAAAUCAUGCUCUGCUAGCACUGUUGUCACUGUGUGAUAAAAAGGUGGGGCUUCUGUGAACGUCAAUAUUCAGUUCGCAGAGCGCUCAUCUUCUUUGUGUUUUUCUUAUUUUUUUCUUUCUUCUUGCAGCCACAUUUAACACACUCAACAAGUUUCCUCUGAUGUUGACAA